AUGGACGACGUUUUGGUCCAACCUUCCAAUGAUGGUCACAUUCCUACACAUUCUUCUGAUACACUCCAUCAACAUACUAGCUUGCCUGAUACCGAACGCAAGCACUGCGAGAUUUGCACUCAUCCAUUUGUGUUUAGUUCAAUUUAUGCGGACUCUGCUCCAGUCACGAUUUCAUGGCAUGUUGCACUUUACGUUAUGAUUCAAAGAGCUUAUUCCAGCAUGGUUCUGAAUGUACGAAUUGCCUUUGCAGCAUGUCUGUGGCUUUUCUGGGUUCCAUACGUCACAUUAUAUACAUGGCGUUUGUUUUUAGAUCCAUCAAGCAUUACUGAGCGGAUGAUAAACUAUGGUGCACCUGCUGUACCUCAGCAUAGUACCUUUUUAGAUUAUUUACUCAACAACACCAUCUCUUCAAACACCACCAUCUUUCUAUUUCUACCAUUUAGGAGUUUAGGUAUAUCCUGGAAAGAGCCUAUAAAAGCUAUUAUUUUCGAUAUUUUAGAAGGGCAAAAAAUAACCUGUGUAGGCAUUUUGGUUGGCAUUGCUUUUGUAUUCAUUAAAGAGUACAUUGUGGUGAAUACCCCCCGAGAUGCAAAUGGACAGCUGAUUGGAGUAGGUGAUCAGAAUGCAGAUGUAAUUCAGGACGAUCCAAUAGUUGCUGCACCACAGGAUGAAGAAUUACAUCAAGCUCCUUUGGCUGACGACCAGCUUGCUCCUCUAGAACAGAAUUUAAACCCUAAACCCGAUAUAUCGGCUGCUCUUGCGGAUCAACUCGACGAGACUCUGACUGCUGAACAUCAGAAUAUGAAUCUUACUCCUACGUCCGCAUAUGUUCAUUCCGACCACAGUUCCAUAUCUCUAAAUGAUUCAACUGGAAGUAGUUUUUAUAACACUUCCAACUACGUUCCUCAUGCUUAUUUGGAUGCUACACCCCUGCAUUUGAGUGAUUCUGAAACUGAUUUGGAAGAACACAUGGCAUCCGUCUUAAAAACUGCCGCGAUAAAUCUGCAAGAGCUAGUUCAAUCCAACACCAGCGAUAAAAAAGAAGACGCUGUUUCUGCUCCCGACAGUCUUUCUCAGAGCCACAAUGACUCCGUGCAGCUAUCGCCAUCUACUUCAGCGGAUAAUGUUUCCUUAAAACCCCGUUCUCCUAUAUUUCUUCAUCACGAUUCGCCACGAACUACUUAUAAAAAGAACUUAUCAAGCAUACCUCAAAGCCAACUUUCUGAAUCAGAAUCAUCUUCUGUGAGUUCAUUGGAAGAAAUUCCGUCUCCAUCUCAAACAUCUUCUAGAUAUGAGCUGCGUCCUCGUCGUUUGGAAUUGAAAUCUGCAUCGGGUACUUCUUCAGCUUCAAACUCUCAAUCAUGUCUUCAUGCUGUAGAAAAACCCGAUGGUCGCACACCUCUUUCUCAUGAUCCCGCUCUUCAUCAUUCUGGGAUAUCCAAACUUUCUCUCCGGCGAAAGUCGUCACAAUACUCUUUUGAUAGUAAUAGCAGCUCACAUUCAAGUUUAACUUCUUUAUCUGGACUUGGUUCUAGUUCAAAAUCGAAUACACAUAUAGGUGCCAUGCCGCUUCAACCAAGCUCAGCAUCAACACUGGACGAGCUCAAGCGUAAGUAUGCAGAUCAAAUUACUUCAUUAGAGAAUGAAGUAGAGCGUCGCCGACUCAAGGGAAAGUCAGCUGCGGUAUAUGACUCAUUUUCAACUUUACCAUUACAUAGUUCCAGUACCAUGGCAUCGUCAUCAUCCAUAAAACGGUCUCCAUUUGAAAGUUUUGAGCAUGCUCAUUCCAACACAAAUAUAAUAGGAGCUUCUGGUCAGUCAAAUGUACAAACAUCUGAGUUGCCUGGAUAUGUUGACGAGUCGGGAGCAUUUACAAGAAAAACUACUGCACCAAAACCAGAUUGGCACGAUAGUUUAGCCAACUUGAGAAGGCGGAUUCUUGAAAACCCUGAUACGAAUCAGUCAGUUGAACUCGCCGAAUUUAAUGAGACCACUCAAUUUUCUCAAGGCAUUGCACACGGUUUGUCUUCUUCCAUGAAUGCUUCAAAUACUAUUCGUCAGAAAAAUUGCCCAGAGUUUAGCACCACUACCUUGCUUGAUAAAACACAGUCAUCUUCAGAAAGUAUUUUGCAAAACGGUACAUACAAGACACAGUCAUCUUUGAUGUGGGAACAAUCAGCCAGCACACAGGAUGCUGACUCGUAUAAUUUGAUUUCACGAGUGAACGAGAAAUUUGAUAAACCUGACUCUGCUGGAUUUGCUGCCAAGAAUCGAAUUCUAUUUCAACGAACUGGUACAAUGUCGUCUAAACUACCUCUUGUUCCAUUUGAAAAUGAAGCAGUGCUGCCUCGACCAGAUGCACGACUGCACAAUAUGGCUAUUGCUUCAGAAGAUUUUCGUGUCGGGUCUGCAUCUUUCCGUGAGCCACUACCUCAAAGUGCAUCUAGCUCAUCAUAUGACUACGGAUUUGAUGCGCAAGAUAAGACAUAUGAUCGUGGGCUUGAUAAUCUUUUGGAAACUCCAGCUAAAGAUUCCGAGCAAGUUCCUCCUGCUGAACAGCAACCUGAGCAGCAGCCUGAGCCAGUUGAUGUACCAGCUCAAGCUCCGGCUCCUGUUUUGCCUGCACCAGCUCGACAAGCAGGAUUUAUGGUUUUCUUUGGAAACAAUCCUGAAGAAAAUGUUAAUUUUCCUGACGAAGGUGCCCUUAAUGUCAAUGUAGGAAUUGACAAUGGCAACAUUGUUGCCGAAGUAAACGGUGACAUUAAUGCAUUUUUAGAAAUUAUUGGCGCACGUGGAUCUUUUUUAAAUCUGGUUUACAAUGUUGUUGCAGUGCAUGCUCUAGUUUUUGUGUGUAUUGCUGUUGGUAUCUGGAUCCCGUUUCUUACCGGAAAAGUAAUGUUUCUUAUUUUCCGCGACGUAUAUGGACCCAUGGUUGAGCGAUUGAUUUCAUUGGUGACAUCGAUGCUACAAGUAGUGACUGAUCCUAUUCUUGAUCCAAUUGUGGACAGCUUGUUUAUUCUUGGAUCAUGGCUUUCAUCCGACGCUGUCGAGUUUCUUAAUACUAUUUUAGCCGCUAUGAAUUUGCCAGGCUUACUCAGCACCGUGAAUCAUAGCAUUUUCAAUGCAACCUCUGCAGUUAUUGCUAAUGCUACGUCUACAGCCUUGAAUUCCAGCACCGCUCAUGCUGCUGCUUCGGCUAUUUCAAGCCUUGCGAUCAACGAAACUAUAAAGGCCGUUGUAACACCUACAAUUAACGGUAUUGUAACUGAUAAUUUAACAGCAACUUUGGAAACUACAGCGCUGCUUAUCUCUGAUCAGAUUUCAAAUGGCACAAACACCACUGCUAUUCAAGCUGUGUCCAAAACAUUACUUCCCGACAUGCUAGAUGACACUGCCUUGAUGACUCUCAUUGGAUACACUACUUAUGUGAUUCUUUUUUUGAGCUAUGCAAAUCACACAAAUCUAUUUCGCCAUCCGUAUGCUCAAACUGCCAUCUUACUUUUUAAAGCCACCAUUCGCCAUUCUAUCCUCAGCAAAAAAUUCAUGUUCUUCAUUACUGCAGAGAUUGUUGCUUUUCCCAUCUUUUGUGGCAUACUGAUCGACUUUUGCACUCUUCCGUUUUUUUCACACACUGGACUGAUUUUGGCUCGUCAGACAUUCUUUAUAGAUCACCCCUGGACAGCGUUGUUUUUGCAUUGGCUAAUUGGUACCACUUUUAUGUUUCAGGUUGCAAUUUACAUUACAUUUGUGCGUGAAAUAGUUCGCCCGGGAGUAAUGUGGUUCAUGCGAGAUCCAAAUGAUCCCCGAUUCAAUCCCAUGCAAGAUAUUUUGGAGCGACCAUUCCUGACGCAAGCGCGCAAGCUUGGUGUUGGAGCUUUAAUGUAUGGAGGGUUGAUUCUUGGUGUGGUUGGCGGGUCGGUUGGAAUCAUUGUCGUACUACAGUAUCUGUUCGCGCCUGCUUUUGGCAUUUUUAAAAUCUUUCCUUUGCGUUGGGAAUUUCACGAUCAUUACUCCGAGUUUCCCCUGGAUCUUCUUUUGUUUUACUUUUUUGUUCCAUUAAUGGCUAAACUCAUAGAUCUCAAGAGUAUAGUGCGAUACUUGUUUGAAGAAUGGCUGAGACGAGCUGCUGCCGCCCUUGAUCUCACGCACUUUUUGUUUGGCGGAGAGCUCCCAGCGGAAGAUGAUGGCUCCGACGUAGAUCAAAAGCAAGAUAUUCGGUACAUGACUAUUGAUUCUCGUGGACGUCGUAGACGGCGCAAACGAUCGGCUUACUUUAGACAGACUGGAGCUGUUAAGCAGAGAAUUAUGCUUGAUAAUGGAGAAGCAGGUUCUGAAAAAGAUACUAUGAAUCAGGACGAAUGGGUGGAUGAAGUUGAAGAUGUGGAUUCAGAUCAACAUGAAACAAAAUCACAUACGUCUCGCGAGUCACGUCGCCAUCAUUUUACAUUUCCUGAACAUCGUGCUCGUGGUAAAUACCCUGACGAGACGGUUCAGGAUGAGUGGGAAGAUGUUACAGAUUCUGAAGCUGGCAGUGUGGAUUUGAAUGGCAAUGCACUACAAGAUCCGGUCAUUUCAGAUGAAGAGUUUGCACCUUUACAGCCGCGCCAGCACAUGAAACCUACAAACUAUAUGCGUGUUCCUAAUCACGACCAUAUCGAAGUUAUUCCUGGCGACAAAGUAAUGUUGUUUAUGAGAAAAGAUGAAGCUAUUUUUGGACGAGCUACAGAGACGCCAGAAGAAGUAGCCUCGAAUUGGACCAAAGUCUAUGUCCCAAACAGAGUUUUUCUUCGAGUUUAUAUUUUGUUAGUUGGCCAAUUAGUUACCAUAGUACUAUCACUGGUUACAGCAUGGGCUAUUCCACUUAUUAUUGGCCGUGCAGCAUUUCAGUUUUUGAGUUCGCUUGUGAUUGUGCGCGUUCCUAUUCCCAGAGAAUUCCAAUACACUUUACCCAUCUCGACCAACCGUAUCGACCUUCCUAUUCACGACCUACACUCGUAUCUCGCUGGAGUUGCGAUUAUCAAUUUAAUUGCUCUUCCUACAAUGUAUCUCUAUCGUAUGAUACGGGAUACAAAUCUAUUUGAGGAAUUUUCUUACACUAGACAACACCAUACAGUUCCAACUCCCAAUGAUCCAAAUCUUUUAGAUUUAGAUAAUUUGGAAACAAGCACUCAAUCCGCUACAACACGUAUUACCAAAAACCCCAAUUCAACAGCUGUGUCUCGGCUUACGAUAUUUUAUCAAUGUCUUGUACUUUUGUUAAAAAAGUACACACCUGAAAUGCAAACAAGACAUUUGCGUCUUGCGCAUUUAUUAGCCUGUUUAGGCAUUGUUAUGCCACUGCUUGUUGGACUGGUUAUAGACAUAUAUGUUAUGAUUCCAUUCCGGGGCAACUCGAAAAGUAUCAACGUCAUUUUUUUCGUCCAUGAUUGGACUAGUGGCGUGAUUGUGACUCGCAUUAUAUACUACAUUAUUAUGGCUGGACCUGAUAACCGAUUCAAGGCGUUGAUUGCAGAGACUGUUGCAAACGGGUUUGAGCAGGAUUUCACGCCAAUUUUGCAAAGACUGAUUUACCCAGUGAUAGCUACUACAUCCAUUUUGCUUCCUUUACCAUUCAUCAGCACAUGCGUGGCCCAGAUACUUGGUCAAAAAAUGUACUUCAUUCGCGAUACACUAUUCAAAUACGGCAUAGGGUUGAUAUUUGCUAUGGUGAUGAGCUACGAAUUGAUACUGACAGUUCAUGCUUGGUUUGCAAGAUGGUCUGCUCAGAUCCGUGAUGAGCACUAUCGUGUUGGCAGACGCCUUCACAAUGCUGACGAAAUACCAGCAAGUAAUAUGGGCGUAGUUCAAAAUAUACCGACAGAGCGACCCGCUGAUGAUAUGCAAGAGAUCUAG